AUGACUGAUAAUCUUGAUAAUAUAAUAGAAGUUGAAAAACAAAAUAUUAUUACUACUUAUAAUGAAAGUAGUGGUAGUGGUAAAAAAAAAGAUCAAUAUUAUAUUGCAAUUAGCAAUGAUGGAGAAUAUAUAGCUAGACUUGAUUGUAAUAAGGAUGAAAAUGAACUUAAUCCAUAUGUAAAACCUUCAGAGGCAAAAUAUCCACAAGAAGAUAAUAGAAAACAAGAACAAACAAAAAAGGAUAAUAGCAAUCAGGAAGAACAAAUAAAAAAGGACAAUAGAAAACUUUUAAUUUGGUCAUUUUCUAUAUCAAAUACGAUUUCUUUUAAUAGUAAACCAACAAUUUUAGUGGCAAUUUCAAGAGUAGUACCAAAUGAUAUGAUUGAUCGUGAUAGACCAAUUAAUCACUUACUUGAUAAACUUGAGGAAUAUGAAGAACUCAAAUUAAAAUAUCAAAAUAUGAAAGAACUUUAUCCCUUGCAUACACAACCUUCUAGUACUGUAAUAUUUUAUAUAGAUAUAAGCAAUAUUUAUAAAGAUGAUGAUAAAAGUAACAAUAACAAUUAUGAGAUUAAGAUAGAUGAAAAUGGAAUUUGUUUAACUAGUAAUAUUGGUGGAAUUGUGAGGUUUUUACCAGAAGUUGAAAAAAACAAAACAAGUCUUUUAAUAACAAAUGUAAAAGGAUUUUAUAAAUCUCUUGAUAAUUUAGAUAAACCAAAUAUUUAUUCAAUUUUAAAUUUAAAAAGAUUUCUUUUUCCACCAAAAUUCAAAAAAGAUAUUGAAACUCAGUUUGAACAAACACCUUGCCUGGAAAAACUUCUUUCCUAUAUUUAUAAAAACUAUUUUCUAUUUAAUCAAUUUAAAAACAGAAUCCAAGCGUUGGAAUUAUAUUCAAUGUUAACAAUGGAAGCAGAGCAAUGUUUUUUUACUCGUGAAGAAUUAAAAACUCAAAAAUAUGGCAUUCCUACUUAUGCAAUUUCAUUAAAUAAUCUUUUGCUAGCAUUUACAUCUGGAAAUAAAGAUAUUAGAAUUUAUUCUAUGGAAUCAGGUCUUUUUAUUGCUUUAAAAAAUUUGGAUGACAAAGAUGAAUUUUUAUUUCUAGAAUUUAUACAUAAUGAUGAAAGAUUAUUCAUUGUUACACGAAAUGAUACCAAUCAUAAAAUCUCUAUAAAAAUUUGGGAUAUUUUUAAUUCUUCUCCUGAAGAUUUUAAAUAUGAAAUUAACAACAAUAUUAUUCCAAAAAAAUUUGAUUGUUUGAAUAUUGCAAGAUCAAAUGGGAUGAUUUUUUUUGUUAAAGAAGAUGGCAAAGUCUUAAAUGUUCUUAAAAAUAUUGAAUUCAAAGAAUUCAAAGUAUUUGAAAAUGAUGAUGACAAUAAUAAUGGAAUAAAAGAAGAAAAAUCAUUUACUGUAUUUAAAAAUUUUAAGAAAGUUGACAAAUAUUUAAACCAUUGGUAUUAUUGUGCAGAAGAUGAUUCUGAUAAACAUAAAAUAUUUGAUCCUUUUGAAAAACAUAGUGAUCUUGGUGGUCCAAAAACUUUACUAUUAGUAGAUAAUAAGGAAAAAUUGGUUGAUGUUGAUCAAAUUACACCACUAGUAAAUAAUAAGGAACAAUGGAAUUUGAGAGUUGGUUGUAGAAAAUUUGAACUGGAAGUUACUUGGGAAUUGACUGAUAAUAGUAUAGGAAUAAAUUUUAAACUUGAAGAUACCAAAAGCAACACCCUACAAAAUAGUGCAAAGAAAAUUUCUUUUAAAAAAGUAGCUUUUGGAAAAGAUAAUCAAAAUAGAACAAAUGAAAUUAAAGAUAAAAUUGUUCAAAAAGCUGAAGGAAAAAACAAACACAAUAAAGUACCAUUCAACUUGUGUGUAGUACCACUUCCAAAUUUCACAGUUAAUAAGAUUGAAAAGAAAAAAAAAGUAGUUACAACUUUCCUAGCUUUUCUUAGACUUGGAACAUCUAUAAUAGUUAAAUCAUUUGAAAUUGAAAAUGCAUUUGGUAGUGUUAAACCUGAUCAAGGAACAAUUGCUGCUAUAUCUUUUUCAGUGUUAUUUCUUUGGAUUGAAUUUGUAAGUACAUUUAAUGUGUAUGAAAACACAUCACAGCAAAGUAAACUUGAACUACUCAAGCUCCAAGCUACUUUCAUAUCAGACUAUGAGGCUCUGGAUUUAGAAGAUGAUUUUUUAAAUCCUCCUAAACCUGAUCCGAAAUACAUUUGUUAUAAUAAUAAUAAUCUUGAUUCAUGGAAAGAAAGAACCAAAUCAAGAAGAGGUUGUUUAUAUGCAAAAUACGAAAAUGAUAAUUCUUAUAUUCAAUACAUUCUUGAAAAAAAGGAUUUUGACCAUCAAGAUGGUUCUUUGUGGCAGAUUUAUAAUAAAUUGGAUGAUUUCAAUGAUGAUGAUGUUAAUGAAAAAAUUUCAAAUUUAGAAAAAAAAAUGGAUGCGAAAAUGGAUAACAUAAUGUUGCAAUUACAACAAUUACAACAAUUACUCCAAAGACCUUGA